UGCCUUGAAUUUAAAGCCAUCAACGCCCUUUCUAUUUGUAGUUUAAACUUUAAACUACUCCUAACCCUUGGCAUUUAUAAUUUCACUUCCCCAUUUUCUCCUUCUUCUUCUUUAUCAGCGUACUCAUAGUUUCAGCUUUUGAUUUCCUCUUCUAAUCGCUUUUGCAGCCUUCCGAGGAAGUUGAAAUGGAAAACGGGAAUCAGUACCAGGAAGUUUCAAACCUGAAAUAUGAUUGUCUUCUAUUUGAUCUUGAUGACACCCUUUACCCUCUGAGCUCUGGCUUGGCGGUGCACGUGAGAAAAAAUAUUCAAGAUUACAUGCUUGAAAAGCUUGGAAUAGAGGAGACCAGACUUCCUGAAUUGAACGUUUCAUUAUAUAAAACUUAUGGGACAACUAUGGCUGGUCUCAGGGCUAUUGGGUAUGACUUCGACUACGAUGAUUUCCAUAGUUUUGUUCAUGGGAGAUUGCCAUAUGAUACGCUGAAACCUGACCCUGUUCUCAGGGGCGUAUUGCUAAGCCUGCCACUUCGGAAAAUUGUUUUUACUAACUCAGACGAAGGUCAUGCUGUUAGAGUGCUCCAUAGACUUGGAUUGGACGAAUGCUUUGAAAAAGUUAUAAGCUUUGAGACGCUGAAUCCCCCCAACUACGACCAUCCUCAUGGUGAUGAAGAUGGCAACAAAUCUGCAACAUUUGAUUUUUACGAGUGUAUGCGCCAGCCUCAUUCUGAUAUGGUGCUACCGAAGACCCCAGUUGUCUGCAAACCAUUUGAAGGUGCAUUUGAACGGGUUUUCGAGAUGGCCAAUAUCAACCCUCAGAGAACAUUGUUCUUUGAUGACAGUGUCCGCAAUUUACAGACAGCAAAACGCUUGGGCCUCCACACGGUCUUGGUGGGUACUUCCCUUCGGACCACAGGAGUGGAUCAUGCAUUAGAGAGCAUUCAUAAUAUUAGGGAGGCGUUUCCGGAGCUCUGGGAGGCCGAUGAGGAGCAUGAAAGGGUCAGGUGCUCAAGAAAGGUUGCAAUGGAGACAUCAGUAGUAGCUUAGCAUGAAAGGGUCAGGUGCUGUGGCAUCAAUAUAUCGUUGUUAAGAUGAAUUAGAAAACCGAUACCAAUAUCUGGUUUUUAUAGUAAUGAAACUAUCAUCGUACAUGCGAUAAGGUUGCAAUUUUGUGUCAAGUAUUUAUUCGGUGAUAUAGUGAAAACUAGCAUAUGAGAAUUUUCUCUCCCCAGCCUUUGCCUGCUGUAUUGGUCUUUCGUUAUAUCUCCUCUUAGCUGCAAAGAGGGGGGGGGGGGGAACUAGCAUAUUGACAUGCCAGAUACUGAUCUCAUCAUAAGUACGAGCGAUGAGACUGUUUUAAGUCUGAAGGACCUAAAUGUAGCUUUUGAGCAGAUCUGAAUGAUAAGUUUUUACGGAAGUUGCUCCUGUAA